CGGGAUCAAGAGGCUAACGCGUUGUACAGAGGCUUGCCUCUUCAACGUUUUUAUUUUAAAUAUAGUGAUAUCCGAUCACUAAUAAUUGAAUUUAACAUGAAAUUGAAUUUUUAUUAGAGCUAAAAGCUCAUUUUUUACACAGUAUCAUUAAAAAAUUGAUUUAUUAUUUCUCUAUCAUGUCUCCCUCUGUCUGUGGUGAUCUGUUAUGGCCGGUUGAUAUCCUGUUCCUGCUUCUCCUUUUCGUCGUGAUUUUCUGUACAGCAACAUGACUACUCAAAUAUCAAAGAAGCGAAAAUUUGUCGCCGAUGGCGUGUUCAAAGCCGAGUUGAACGAGUUCUUGAGCCGCGAGCUGUACGAGGAUGGCUACUCGGGUGUCGAGGUGCGCGUCACACCGUCCAAGACGGAGAUCAUCAUUAUGGCGACCAGAACACAGGAGGUGCUUGGGCCCAAGGGUCGUCACAUCAGGGAGCUCACAUCCUUCGUCCAGAAGAGGUUCAACUUCCCAGAAAACUCGCUCGACUUGUAUGCCGAGAAAGUGGCAACCAGAGGUCUGUGCGCCAUUGCCCAGGCUGAAUCCCUCCGUUACAAACUGGUCGGCGGACUGGCUGUCAGACGAGCGUGCUACGGUGUGCUGCGCUUCAUAAUGGAGAGCGGAGCCAAGGGCUGCGAAGUGGUGGUCUCGGGCAAGCUGCGUGGUCAGCGAGCCAAGUCGAUGAAGUUUGUCGACGGCCUCAUGAUUCACAGCGGAGAGCCCUGCAUCGACUAUGUCGACACCGCCACACGGCAUGUGCUACUGCGUCAAGGUGUACUAGGAAUUAAGGUAAAGAUCAUGUUGCCUUGGGACGCGAACGGCAAAAUUGGACCCAAGAAGCUUCUUCCCGACAACGUGUCUGUUGUUGAGCCAAAAGAGGAAAUCCUACCACUUGCUCCGUCAAGCGAGAUCAAAGCGAGCAAACCUGACGGACCAGUUGUCUAAUGAUUUAUAAAUAAACUAUUGUUUUGAAAAUAAACAAAAAAAGGUACAAAUGA